AUGGCUGCAGCAAAGGCAGUGACCUUCGAGGAGGUGGCUGUGUAUUUCACCGUGGAAGAGUGGGCUCUGCUGGACUCUGCUCAGAGAGCCCUCUACAGGGACGUCAUGCGGGAGAAUUAUGAGACUGUGACCUGGCUGGGAUUCCCCAUCCCUAAACCUGACCUGAUCUCCCACAUGGAGCGAGGAGAACAGCUGUGGAUGCACCAAGCAGGUAUUCCCUUCCUUCUCCCAUCCUCUGUACUGUGGUAUCGAUGCUGAAGUUCGUGAGUUUCCAGCUGUGGGGAGGAGUUUGGGGAAGAUUCAGCUACUGACUGUUCAGAUUGGCAAAAGCUUCUG